CUGAACUGUUUCCUUGCAAUAGCUAGCAAUCUUCGGGGAGACACUCGGAACAUUGCGGAGCGAGCCAGAAUGGACUUCAGUUAUUGUGGUCCAAGGAGUCAGUCAUUUCGCCCGGUCUUGUCGCGCUGCCUGUUGUCGAUGACGCCGGAGGCUCGUCGCCGACACUCCCUCAUGCCUUUGAGAGAGUUGCUGAGCUACCGCGGAGCCGACUCCCAGAACGCUGCCAACACCACUGUCAUCGUCAUCCUGGAUUCAUUGGAGCCAUACGUGUUCGUCAAGAAUGGGUCAACAUUACCUACCGGAUAUCUGGUGGACGCCUGGAAUAUCCUUCAGGACAAUCUACAAUUUCGGUCUGAGUACCGGGUGAUGCGAUAUCCUGUGGGGCAGCAGGUGGUGGCCGCGGGGAAGGCUGACGUGCUGCUUCAGCCCACCGUCAUCACCAGCUCCGACCUCAACGAGAUGACCUUCUCCAGGCACAUUCUCUCCAUCUGGUACGAGCUGUACGUGAAGGCGGCGGAGACCCAGGAGACGUGGCAGGCGUACGUGGGUGCGUGCUCCAGCGGGGCGUGGCUGGCCGCGGCGGCCACUCUGCUGCUGCUGAUGCUGGCUCGCCGGCUGUGUCCGCAGGCCGGCGGCGACCGCUCGCUGGGCAGCUGCUUCGUCUCCGUCGUGGGCAGCGUCACCUCUCAAGGGCUGCAGGGCCGCGGCGGCGGCGGCGGGGGCGGCGGCGGCGGGGGCGUCGCGCCGCGGCUGCUGUCGCUGCUGACGCUGGGGGCGGGCCUGCUGCUGAGCGGCGCCUACUCGGCCGUCCUCACCAGCCGCCUCACCGUGAUCGUCGCGCCGCUGCCCUUCCGCUCGCUGCACGAGCUGCCCGAGACCGGCAGCCACGCGCUCUGCGUGCGCAAGAACAACUACGCCUACCUCAUGUUCAAGUACCUCAGUGACUUGGUUGGGUACGACUCGUGGGCUGAGGAAGAUGUGCGGCUGCUCCAGGAGUCAGAGCUGGCCCCUCAUGCGGUGCCGCGGUGGCGUGCAGUGCUGGAGCGCCGCCCUUGCGCCAAUGUGUGGCGCGACGAGGACGUGGCGCGGGUCAUGUGCGAGGAGCACGUGGCGCUGCUGGAGGUGGAGGCGGUGGCGGCGCGCGCCAUGCUGCUCAGGGCUGCCAACCGCUCCCUCUCCCUGCCCAGCUGCCGCCUGCGGCGCGUCGACUCGCUGCGGUACGCGCAGUCCAGUGCCGCGUUUCAGAUGCGACGCGGCUUCCGUCUGGCCCCGCUCAUCAACAACAGUUAA